UUUUGACGUACUUUAUUCUUUUUCUUUUAUCGACGUCUAAAUUUAAAUUUUCCAAAUUUCAGUGACAAUAAUCAACAGCUGGUGAAUUACAGAAUAAAAUUUUUCCUUCACGUUUGUCGUGUUUCUGUGUUGUUGUGCUUGUUGGUUUCCGUGUAACAAAAAAUAUUUUCUUAUAACACAACGAACUCUGUCAUAUAGCGAAAGUACAAAUUAUAUAUUAUAUAUUCACAGAUGUUUUUUUAAGAUUAAAUAAAUUUUUCCUUCAUAUUCCUUAUCAAAACCGAGAAUAAGGCCUUGGAAUUCUAAUUGAAAGUAAACAAACAAAGUUGUUUUCUAAACGCUACUCUAUAAAGUAAAAGGAAUUCGCAUCUUACACUUGUAGAAAGAAGAUCACUGCAUUUUAGGAGCGGCUAAAGGACCUGGAAACAUAUCAACACAAUGCUAACCAUAUCCCAGUUUUCUGCAUCUUUAAGGUGCUAUGAAGAAAAAUACAAUUCAAAAAGAGCAACAACAAGAACAAUAAAAUCAUGUCCUUGGGGUGGAAGCUGUAUAGAAGCUGUCAUCAACUCGACAACAUACACUGAUACCAAACAUACAUUAAUCACACAUAUACGACAUUGCUCACCUUACAGUAAGAAUGACUGCCACCUUUUUUGCACAUUAUAUAGAACGUACCAACCGCCUAACACAAGAGUAAACAAGUGCUCGGUUAAAUGUUGUCGGACGAAUUUGUGCAAUAUUAAUCGAUCAACAUCAGCGAAUGCAAAAUUAACAGACAAUAUCAUAUCUUUACUUGUAAUUAUCCUAGUAAGCUUAUCAAUACAUUUUUUGCAGUAAAAAAAAUUACACUGUAGAUAAAUUUAGUCGAAUGUAUUUGUGAUUGUGAACUCAAAGUCAAAAGUACAAACAAUUAAAAUAUGUAUUAAAUUUUAUAAGGAUCAAUAUACUGGUGCGUAGUGUUUUGUGAUUUAAAAAUAUGUUUAAGAUUCUGAAAGUGUAAGAUAUUGUACAUUUGUAGUAUCGAGGUUCAAUGACGCACACGUUUUAUGAUUUCACAGCCUAUCAGUGGUUAUGUUGGCAUCUUAACAAAAUGCAAGGUUAAGUGGCCUGGGUGGCGAAAAGAAAGUCCACAAAAGGAACAACAAAUUCGAACCUUAAUGCUACCCAGCUGAAUAAAUUGGCUUCUAUUGAUCGAAGAGUGAGAGAUAUUACGAAA